UGCUGACAACUUUAUAUUUACAAUACUCUCUACACUAUUCACGAUGUAAAGGUACUGAAAUUCAGUCUGCAGCUGUUAAGUUGCUGUUAAUUAAGAAGUCCUAGUACAUUCAUUGUACUCGCUUAGGAAAGCGUUUAGGGUAGUGCCUACCUGAUACAUUUGUUUCCAUAUCUGCUUAAAUAAAUGGGAUGACUACACCCCCUUAAAUUCUAUGUGAGUUGAUUGGUGUUUUGCUUUCUUGUACAGUAUGUGUUACUAGUGAUGUGCUAUUUAGGGUUUGGAAGAAGAACUGCUGCUAAAGCUGUAGUAGGGAUAGAGUCAGAAUUGCAGGUCAGUUGCUGCCAGUAUGAAACCAGUGAGGCUGGAAAGGAGGAGCGGGGUGCGUUAUCUUCUGUUUCAGGGUCCAGACACAGUGCACAGGUGGCCAUAUAUGGGCAAAUAAGAUACACUUUCUGUCCAGUUGAUUUGUGAUAUAAUCCAGCAGAUAGCAUACAACAAUCCAUGCAUGGUAUGGCCACCCUUCUAUUGCUUUGUUUGGGCUGUCUGUGUUUUUCAUCUUUAACUACUGGUGCGCCAUAUACUAACAGACAUAGUGCAUCGGCAGAUAAGAAUUUCAAACAAACAUGUGCUUACUGAUAUCCAUAGUACAUGGGAUAGGGGCUCUGCUUUCCAUUUAUCUUACUGCUACAUUCAUGCUCCAUAGCACCUGAUAGUCCUGGAAGAUCUUGCUGUUUGGUGCAAUAAAUGUGGUAUGCACUGCUUUCCUGCUCACAUGGUGCAGCUCUACAAACAGUAUGGCUUUAACAGCCUAUACCUACCUGACUAUAUUUGAUCUUUUCAGUUUAAUCACAUCUUUGAUAAGUUAUUGGGUGACGAUGAAGAAACCAAGCCCAACAUAUUCGUUUGGGUUUGAAAGGUUUGAAGUAUUGGCUGUCUUUGCAUCUACAGUGCUGGCUCAACUUGGGGCUCUCUUUAUUCUCAAAGAAAGUGCAGAGCGGUUUAUCGAACAGCCAGAGAUCCACACAGGUCGGCUACUUGUGGGAACAUUUGUUGCUCUUUUUUUCAACUUGUUUACCAUGCUGUCUAUUAGAAAUAAACCGUUUGCCUAUGUUUCAGAUGCUGCCAGCACUAGUUGGCUCCAGGAACAUGUUGCAGAUUUAAGCCGAAGCUUAUGUGGAAUCAUCCCUGGUCUCAGCAGUAUCUUCCUCCCUCGGAUGAAUCCAUUUGUGUUGAUUGACAUUGCUGGUGCUCUAGCUCUCUGCAUUACAUAUAUGCUAAUUGAAAUAAAUAACUAUUUUGCUGUGGACACUGCUUCUGCUGUUGCUAUAGCUGUGAUGACAUUCGGGACCAUGUAUCCAAUGAGUGUAUAUAGUGGUAAAGUUCUUCUUCAGACAACACCACCUCAUGUGAUUGGGCAACUCGAUAAACUUCUUCGAGAGGUUUCCACUCUGGAUGGUGUUUUAGAAGUUCGUAAUGAGCAUUUUUGGACACUGGGAUUUGGGACUAUGGCUGGGUCAGUGCACGUGCGAAUUAGAAGAGAUGCCAAUGAACAAAUGGUAUUGGCACAUGUAACAAAUCGCCUUAGCACCUUGGUUUCAACACUAACUGUUCAAAUUUUCAAGGAUGAUUGGGCAAGACCUGUGUUAGCCUCUGGUACUAUGCCACCCAACAUGUUGAACAUCCCAGAACAUCAUGUCAUUCAAAUGCCGUCUUUGAAGUCCACAAUCGAUGAGUUAAAUCCAUUGACCUCCACACCAUCCAAGCCUAGUAGCCCACCUCCAGAGUUUGCUUUUAAUACACCUGGCAAAAAUAUGAACCCAGUUAUACUUUCAAACAACCAGAUGAGACCAUUUGGUGUAGGAUACAAUUAUGGGACCACACCAUAUACCACUACAUUUAAUCAAGGACUCGGGGUGCCAGGCGUUGGCAACACACAGGGUUUACGAACUGGCCUUACAAAUGUGGCCAACAGAUAUGGAACAUACACUCCAGGACAAUUCACCCAGUUCAGACAAUGACUGUAUCUGCUUUUAAUAAAUGUAUAUUUUUGUCA